CUCCGCCGGCCGCCCGCGCGCCUCCGCCCCACGCCGCGACGCAGCCCGCCCCCUUCGGCCUUCGACUCCCGCUCCCCCUGCUGGCCUUUGUGUGGGCGCGCGCGCCUCCCGCCUGCUGCCGGCGCCCCGCGCGCCCGCGCCCUAAGCCCCUGACCGCGCCGCGGCGGCGCACCUCCGCGGCUCCGCCCGCAGCCCCGCACCCGGUGCCGGUGACCACCGGCCUGCGGCCGCCGCCCCGACGCGCGGCAGGCGCGUCCGCGCGUGUACUGAGUACUGCACCGGCCCAACCUCACUGGAUUUUAUGCGCAACGUGCUGGUUCUUCACAUGCACUCCUGGAUGCUUGAACCUGGAGUGACUACAUAGCUUGGUAUUCAUCAUAUAAAUGACGGGAAGAAGAUUGGCAGGCGAUGUAUAUUUGAUUCCCAGAACCCUUUACUUCAUAAGAUGGCAGGCUAUGUCAUCAUUCUCAGCCGGCCAUGGACGCCGACCCAAGAAGAAGCUAUAUUACCGUGAGCCUGGUCUUGACAAAGCCAUGGACCUUCAAAAGAAGCCUGCCCUCCUCCUUCGUCUCCGUGAUCUCAUUUUGGUACAAAGGACAGGCUCAUUACUUGUACGUGACCUUGAAAAGGAGGUUGGCUUUGUCCAAAAAUGGAACUUUGUUUCACUUAUCGAGCGUCAUCCCAAUAUCUUCCAUGUCUCUGGUGGAAGCGCUUCCCGAGAGCCCAUUGCUGUCACACUUACUGAGAAGGCCAAAAAGAUAUCCAGUGAAGAGGAUCAAGCACGAGAGCUAAUGGAGCCAAUCUUGGUGAAAAACCUAAGGAAGUUACUGAUGAUGUCGAUGGACUGCCAGAUCCCCCUGGAGAAGAUUGAGCUAAUCCAAUCUGAACUGGGAUUACCUAAGAACUUCAAGAACAACUUGCUUCCAAGGUAUCCUGAUUUUUUUUCAAUCCGUGAUGUGAAGGGAUUGGACCAUUUGUGUCUGGAGAAUUGGGACUCUUCACUAGCAGUCACAGCGCGAGAAGAAAAAUUAGAUUUUGAGGGUUUCCAAAUAGGCUGUAGAGGGAUUCCUAAAGAUGGAAAUAUCUUGGGUCCUUUUGCUUUCAGGUUGAAGUACCCAGCAGGAUUUAGGCCAAAUCGGAAGUACCUUGAGGAGGUUGUCAGGUGGCAAAAGAUGGCAUUUCCUUCACCUUAUUUGAACGCUAGGCGAGUUGAGUCUGCAACGCCACAGGCUCGAAAGCGAGCUGUUGCUGUCCUGCAUGAGAUUUUGAGCCUGACAAUGGAGAGGCGAUUGACAUCUGAUAAGCUAGACGUAUUUCACAAUGAAUACAGGCUUCCAUGCAAGUUACUUCUUUGUUUGGUGAAAAAUCAUGGCAUCUUCUACAUCACUAACAAGGGAGCAAGAAGCACUGUCUUCCUCAAGGAGGCCUAUGAGAACAGUAACCUCAUUGAUAAGUGUCCUUUAUUGAAAUUCCAUGAGCAGUUUGCAUCUUUGAUUGGCAGACCAUGCUCCAACUCAGAUAAUUCACUAGCAAUAUAAUUGGUGUGUAGGUUUACUGGUCAGGAGGCAGCUUAUUAAAGCACAUUUGUGUUAGCAAUAAUCCUGUGCAUGCAUGUACAUGUCCAGGUUCAGACUUCAGAAUGUCCAGGUGCAGCCUUUAGUGUAAGCAGAUUUUCAGCUAGCAGAUUAGGGAGGAUAAUAGGCAAUCAUAGCAGUAAUGCCGGCAGUAACCAGGUGGUUUAAGUGAGUCCUUAUUGUAGCAUGUAUCCAGCUAUACAUAACAAGAAAAAAAAAAUCAGAAAAGCAGCAAGCAAUUGCAGCACCGAUGACUACUGUGUAUAUCUGCGUUCUGUGCGUGUGCAAUCUGUGCUACACUGCUACCUGUGAGGCCGUCUUGGCUUUCAAUUUGCACAUGCCACUACAGUUUAAGUCUUUUGUACUGUGUGCGUUUCUGUCAGCUCAGUAACUAAAGAGAGAAUUAAAGAAUUGAAGUGACCAGUGACCCAUUUUCAAAUGUAAAUCCAUCUGAGAAAUCAAGUGGCAGCUCUGCAGAUUAGACAAAAUAAUGGUUGUACCAGAAGUCACAUAUUUAUUCCCACCAUUGUAGGUUUGGAUCUUAGGGGCGAUAUGAUUGGCUUAGGAAUUUUCUAGAAAGGAUUUGCUCCUGUUAUGCAGCUUAUAAUCCAAAACAGCCAGAUGCUAGUGGAUUUGCUCCCACUAUAGCAUUCAAGUUAUUAUAUAUUUUUAGUUUGCUUAUCUUGGCCUGAACCUUUCUUUCUGAUAAAUAAUAGCCAGAUGCUCAGUGUUUUGAAACUGUAUCAUACUAUCUUGUGAUUCUUCUUAGUGAAAUUGAUAUCUUUCUACCUCUAAGAAUGUGUCGCACUAGUAAACAGCCAUUGCUUAUUUGCUGCGUCGAUCAAUCACUUGAUCCUAUGAUUAAUGGUAUUAACUCAGUCUGGUAUUGUUUCUCACUUUCUCAGUUGGUUCUUUCUUAUCUUAUGAUUAUUUCUGCAUCCAUACACAGGUGGAAAGCACCUAUAAAUGCUACAGAUGUCGCCAGUAGCUGAAUUUGUUCAGAGCGCCAAGGUUUUCUAUAUUCAUGAAUCAUGAUAUCUGAUGGUUGCCUCGUGGUUAUCUCUCACAACCAUCCACCUACUUGUGCACUUUUAGGAUAUGGCUGAUGAAUAGGUACUGCUUUGUGUCAGAAUCGAUACAUUCUGCAGUUGUCAAAUAAGAGACUUUCCAACUGAGUGCUCUGACAGGAAUGCCAUCCUCUGAAAGCCUGUCGGUUACCUGGUUGCUUGCUGCUGAAUAAUGAUCAAUGAAAUUGGGGGUACUCACUCAGAGCUGUUGUUCUGGGACCAGAUUCUAAAAGGACGAAAAAGAUUUAUCAAUGGCUAUGCCAACCCCUGCAACAGGCUAAUAAUAGGCACAGACUUCACUGCAACGCUAGACCGAGCUUUCAGUGGGAUCUGUUGGAAUAAUCAGAUGAACAUAUGCCAAGAAAAGUUCGACCGACAAAAUUAUGGGAGGUGAGGACACAUUGAGGUGAAAUCAUGCCAACUGGUUGCUGCUCAGUUUGCUGCCUGAUUAUAACCCAUGAAAGUGAGGAGCAUAUACGGGGUGCAGCAAUCGGGCCCGGAUUUUGCAGACACCAAGAGGGCACCAUAAUGAUAGUGGUCACAAGACUGGUCAGAUGCACUAAAAGCUAGAUUUGGAUGGGAGUUAGUGGCUGAUAGUUUAGGCAGGCCUAUCCUGAAGUCAUACAAACAAUGGAGGGAGACUAGACGCCCUUUUCAGAUCCUGCUUUUUUUUCCCUUCUGGCCAAGCAUCUGGAGAGGGAGAUGAAUCAUUCUAUCUUUAGCUCACCACCAAACCCACCGGGUCAGUCCCCUGAGGGACAGGCUUGGUGCUGGAGCAAUCAUAUUCCUAUCUUAUUGGUUGGAAAAAUAGCCGCUUUAUCUGAUUCAUUCAUAGGGUAUAAAGAUGGUGCCGGCUGCAGUACCAUGGAAUGCAAUGGCAAAGAUAAACCAACUUUAUUCGCGAAACAGAAGAUGGACCAACUUUGGCGGGAAAUAAUUAAGGUCUACUACCCUACCAGCCUACCCGCGAAAAAUCAAGUUGCAGUGAACCAGAGAUCAAGCCUUGCUAGAGGUAAUAAUAAUCAGUAGCUGUGGAUAGCGGCCGAGGGCAUAUGCGUCCGUGGCGGUGGCUUGUGCGAGCUGCAUUGUGCUGUCUGUGUCUGCUUCCGAUCCGAAUGAAAUGAUGGUGGCGGAGGAUCGCUGCGUGCGUGGUGUGGGGGCUGCCGGCCGCGGCCGGUUUUGGUCUUGUCUGCCGCCGCGGAUGCUGCUGCCGGGUGAAGCCAUGCGCCUGCACCUUUCUGCCAGCAGAAACGUUUCAGUAGCUGCCUGCCUUUGCGCUCGGUCUCUGUAUCUUUUGCUUCCUUCAGCAUCAAUCCACCUCACACCAAAUCUCACUCCCUCCUUUUCCUUGUCCUCCUGCCCAGACGUACUGUGUUCCACAUUUAUUUAUUUCUUAUUUGUUAUGAAAAAAUGCUAAAACUUAUAGACCAGUUUUUCUACCAUUUUUACUCUGGUCUAUUCUAUAAUUGUUGUACUCUA